AUGAGCGAAUGCUUUCUAGUCAUCGAGACCGCGGUCCUCUUCGUGGACCGGGGAAGCACCGAAAGCCGAAAGCGGGCGUGCAAGGGCCAGAAGUGGUCAGACCAUUCUUCAGAUCGGGCACCAAUGCGGAAUUUAUUGCAAUCCGUAUUGUCUGGGAGCAGCCUAAUUGCCGCGCCAGGAGUUCUACCUGCACCGGUCUCGUCACAUGCCCAAGAUGCAAGCGAGCAUUGGAUCGAAAGGCUCCGGAUCUUACAAGGAGACAGAGAGAACGAGAUGUGGUCGUUGUUCAGACGGGCGCCUGACCAUCAUCUUUGUUUUCCACUCGAGAAAGUGUUGAAGUUCGGGGUUCUUCUCCCAGCUGGAAUUCUUGGGAGAACCAUGCACUUCGAAAUACGCAGGAACGUAAUCAUUACAGCGGACGAGAACCUUCGUGGAUGAUGAGCUCGGGACCCGUUUGCCACUGAAAAGCCAUGCUCGAGAAGGAAUUGCUGGUAUCAGCGUAAAAGUCUCCAGGCCGGGUAAACACCUCAAAACUCAUUUGAAUCAAACUUCAUGCUUAAACUUUCGCGGGGAGUGAUGAUGGGAAGCGUUGUGUGUGGUUGUGAUGGAUUUGCUCUCUAAAGAAUACGCCUGCUCUUGUAUGAGUUGAAGAACACCUUAAACAUGAGAAGUCGGUUGCAACUAUAGAAGUUAACUACUGCAUACUUGGACUUCAAGAAGAUGAAUAUUGUAGGUUCGUCAUGUGCUUUGGAACUGGUCUAGAUUCAUUGAUCAUACUUGUCCUUGUUUGAGUUGAAAAAG